AUUUGACGGUAAAACUUACAACUGAUUACAACCAGCAGCAGCAAACAAUACAAAGUAGAUUUGUUCCCAACAAAUAAAUGUAUUUGUAAGCAAAUGCCAUCAUCAUCUUCAUCAAUUGCAGCUGGUUUUAUGAUAAAAUGGAAAAUAUGGGUCGUUUACGCAGGCCGGCCACAGCUGGUGGUAAUGAUACACAACUAUUGCUAAAGUCAUCACCGAAUAUAUUGGAGAAUUUUCCCUACGAAGAUUUCAAAUCGAAAUUAGAUCGCACGCAACCGAAACGUAUGACCUCACCGCCCAUACGCAACCAUCAAAUGAAACGUUCCAAGUCACCGCUGUUUUGCGACACUUUGGAACGUCAUGCUUUUAUGCAGAAUGUUAUCAACACGAAACCGGUUAGCAACUAUGAGGCACGUUAUUCAUCGCCCAGCCAAAAGGAGGCCAUUGUGAGGAAAAGUUUGGAAGAGAUUUCCAAAGACAUUAAGGAAAUUGAAGACUUUGUAACGGCCACUGAGAUUGUGCUGCGCGAAGAGAAGGAAAUGGAUAGAGCUGAAAUGAAAAAGAAGCGUUCCAAGGGUGAGUUUAGUCCGAAUAAGGAAAAUAAGUCCCCUUCGCCUAAGAACAUGUCACGCCAGAAUUCUGCCAAGAGCAUUAACUAUAAAAUCAACUCCUUUCGUAAUCGCAAAAAGAAGCCGGGUUCACCACGAUUCAUCAAUUCACGUUUGUAUUUUCGCAAUGGACGUAUUGGCUGUUUGGAGGCUGAAAAUGCUGCCUCUAAUGUGGAGAGUACUCAUGCCUUGGUUAAGCAUAUUUUGAAAUAUGAAAAUGAAAAGCCAUUGGUUAGUCCAGACAGCGUUAGGAGAGUUUUAAAUGCUGAACCUGCAUCACCAACAUCAGUGGCUGAGGCUCCAGCCAGAAGGGUUUCAACGGCUAGCACGGCACCUUGCACGUUACCGGGUCAAAUUAUAGAGGAUUUGAAGCGGCAAGAUGAAGAAUCAUUUGAAAUUCAACCUUCACACGAUGUUAUCACAAAAGCCACGGGCAAGGUUUUAUUGGAUUUAGAAGAUUCUGGAGUGCAUAAUUCGCCACAAACGGAGAGUUUUGGUUCCAGCAGUCAGCCUCUGGUAGAUGAAGAUGAACAAGAUGUGCAGAUCUGCUACGAUGAAUUGCCCGAAAUACCCAAUGAAGAACAAAAUAUGGGGGCUCUUAUGGAUAGUGAGGUGGAUCGUGUAGAUGCUGAUGCUCCGGUUAAUGUCAGCAUCAAUCGUUUGUCAAGUGCUGGUAGUUUGGACUCUGAUGGCCAGCAGUUUUUAAGAGAUCAAGUAAGACAUUUGGUAAGACGUUUUACCGCCAGAGCUAAUAAAAUGAAAACACGUUUAGAAAUGCCUCCUACUCCCAGCAGUAGUGCUUCAUCACCCUCACCGCCUCCUCCACCCCUAAAUUCCAAACGUACUUUUGGCAACAGAAAUGCCCAGUCGCCAGCCAAGAGAUCCGCCAUAAUAACACCCCAUCAGUCUCCCAAUAAAAAGCCUUUGUUUGUGGCCGAUACUCCUCGCUCUAAUGUAUGGCUUUGUUCUAGUCUGUGCAGCAGCAACGAUGAUCAAAAGACCUUGGAUCCCCAGGGUAAAAUGUAUAUAUCCUGGCUGUGUGUGGUCUCCAUAUCGUUUCUCUACAAUGCCUGGGUUAUACCUUUACGAUCAACGUUUCCCUUUCAAACUCCCGAAAACACCAAUAUGUGGCUGAUUAUGGACUUUUGUGCUGACAUUGUUUAUCUCUUGGAUGUGGUGUUCUUCAAACAUCGCAUUAUGUAUUUAUUUGAGGGUUUUUGGGUCAAGGAUAAAAAUCUCACCCGAAAGAAUUACAUGCGGAAACUUCAAUUUAAGCUGGAUAUUUUAGCUUUGCUGCCCUUGGAGUUGUUAUAUUUUAAAUAUGGCACGAAGGCAGUUUAUUUGAGAUUUCCUCGCUUUCUGAAGAUACAAAGUUUCUGGGAAUUCUUUAAACUCUUGGAUCGUGUCAUAUCUUCGCCGCAUAUUGUUCGUAUUGCCAAAACUUUACUUUAUAUGCUGUACAUGAUUCAUUUGACUGCAACUUUGUAUUAUGCCUACAGUGAUUAUCAAGGUCUAGGCGUAAAUCGUUGGGUCUUCAGCGGCAAAGGACAUCCCUAUGUCAGAUGUUUUGCCUUUGCCACGAAAACGGCAACGUCCAUAGGUAAAAAUCCCAAACCGGAACGAGAAGGAGAAUAUGUAUUCAUGACUGCAGCCUGGUUAAUGGGAGUCUUUGUGUUCGCUUUACUUAUUGGUCAGAUACGCGAUAUCAUAUCUACCGCCACUAGAACCAAACAUGAAUACCGACAACUGGAAGAUGAGACUCUAGAAUACAUGAGACGUUUAAAUCUUCCCCAAGAUGUGCAGAAGCGAGUAAAAAUGUGGUUUAAAUUCACCUGGGAUCAACAGCGCACCCUAGAUGAAUCGAAUAUAUUAGAUUCUUUGCCCAUAAAUCUAAAAACUGACAUAGCUAUAUCGGUACACAUACAAACUCUCUCCAAGGUACAACUAUUUGCCGAUUGUGAAGAAGCCUUACUAAGAGAUUUGGUGUUAAAGCUAAGAGCUGUUACUUUUUUGCCGCAUGACUAUGUGUGUCGUAAGGGAGAGGUGGGACGUGAGAUGUACAUUAUUAAAUUGGGUCAAGUGCAAGUAAUGGGUGGACCCAAUAGCGAUACCGUGUUAGCCACCCUAUCGGAGGGUUCGGUAUUUGGUGAAAUCAGUUUGCUCGGCAUUAAUGGUGCAGACCGUCGUACCGCUGAUGUACGCUCCAAAGGUUAUGCCAAUUUGUUUGUGUUAUCGAAAAGUGAUCUCAAUGAAGUCAUAGCCUAUUAUCCCAAUGCUCAGGCUAUAUUGAAAAAACGGGCACGCGCUUUAAUGCGCAAAAAUGCCGCCAGAGAAAAGGAAGAAAGAGCACGCAGCUCUGAACAAGCCGAUGUUGUUAUUGGCAAUCCUAAGACACCUGAAAAUCCGCCCAAACUUUUACAAACUGUUAUACAGGCUUUACCCUAUGAGUCGCCAGCUGUUAUGCUGAUAACACGUGGCUCAAAGCGUAUGCGCAAAAAGAGACACUCCAUGAAAAUGGAAACUAUAGAGGAUCGUGAAGUGGAGGAUAUAAAUGAGGUUCAUCAUAUUAAAGCUAGAGAUAGUUUUAUGUUGCACAGAGACUCACGAGCCUAUUCACCCGACUUGCUGUCAUCGAUACAACGCGAGUUGCAAAAUAAAAAUCAAUUUAUAAAUUUAACCGAUUCAGAGAAGGCUUUAAUUGUAUCCACUUCUAGUACGGAUUCGGUGACGGUGGAAGAUAUUGAGGAAUAUGGAAAGUAAAUUAAAGUGUUGGAAUCAUAGAAUAUUGACUAGAAACAAAGUAGGUGAAAAUAAAUUUAAGACAGUUCUAAAAUGUGGCAUUAGUCAGAAUAAAUGUUUGUUAUUAAGUUUAAUAUCUGAUAAUUUUUUGAACCGUUAACAAUUAAUGACGUUUAUUGUCAAAACAAAGUUGUCUGUGCAAAAGCACUAACAAUUUUGUCAUAACGAAGUAAUAAUACUAAUAAAUGGGGACUAUACCUGAUAAUUUUUUAUCUUGACAACCAUUUUGAGGUUUAUCAUGAUAAAAAUUUAUCAGGUAUAGACACUUAGAAAGGUGACUGCAUCAUUACAACAAUACAAAAACAACAGGUACUUUGUUUAUGUUAAAAAAGUAGGUGAACUGUCAAAGUUGCCUGUUGAUGUUUUUGCUUUUGGGUUUGUUGUAUUUUUCGCCACAACAACCACAAGUGAAUUGACAGUUCAAACUGAAUAAAAAAAAAAUCAGCUGUUUCAUCGCAGUCAAAUUUCUAAGUGUGCCCUGGACACGGGGUUAGGUUUUAAAACAUAUUUUAAAUAGUUUCUUUAAUUUUAUUCAAGUUUAUUUCUAGUCAAUAUUCAAAUUUUGAUUUAUGUAUGUUAUUUUAUUUGUAAGCUGAAAAGAAAAUUGAAGAGUAAAGGUUGGUGUCAAUUUUAUUUAUUUCAUCUAAAAAGAUGAAAAUGAUUUUAGUUAAUAAUUAAUUAAAUCUAUUUUUGAUGUAAUAUUUUAUGCAUAAAAAACAUAUUCGAAAAAUAUAUGUGCUUUUGUUGUAAAAAAA